AUGACUCUGUACCAUGUGUCAGGGAAAUGCUUCAUCUCCAGUGGGACGUUCUACACGAAAUGGGGAAAUUGCGUUUAUAUCGAAAGUCGCCGGCCGAACACGCCCUAUUUCAUCUGCAGCAUUCAAGACUUCAAACUGAGCAAGAGGGACCAUCUGCUGAUGAACGUCAAGUGGUACUACCGCCAGUCCGAGGUGCCCGACUCAGUGUACCAGCACCUGGUGCAGGACAGGCACAACGAGAACGACUCGGGCCGGGAGCUGGUGAUCACUGACCCCGUGAUCAAGAACCGCGAGCUCUUCAUCUCCGACUACGUGGACACCUACCACGCUGCUGCCCUGAGAGGGAAGUGCAACAUCUCCCAUUUCUCUGACAUAUUUGCUGCUAGAGAGUUCAAGGCACGAGUGGAUUCAUUUUUCUACAUCCUGGGCUAUAAUCCAGAGACCAGGAGGUUAAACAGUACCCAAGGUGAAAUCAGAGUGGGACCCAGCCACCAGGCCAAGCUCCCUGAGCUGCAGCCGUUCCCGUCCCCGGACGGGGACACGGUGACACAGCACGAGGAGCUGGUGUGGAUGCCAGGAGUCAACGACUGCGACCUGCUGAUGUACCUCAGGGCAGCCAGGAGCAUGGCAGCCUUUGCAGGGAUGUGUGACGGGGGAUCCACGGAGGAUGGAUGCGUGGCUGCCUCGCGGGACGACACCACCCUCAACGCCCUGAACACACUACAUGAAAGUAACUACGACGCUGGAAAAGCCCUGCAGCGCUUGGUGAAGAAACCUGUGCCAAAGCUGAUUGAGAAGUGUUGGACUGAAGAUGAAGUGAAACGGUUUAUUAAGGGGUUGAGGCAGUACGGCAAGAACUUCUUCAGAAUCCGAAAGGAGUUGCUUCCCAAUAAGGAGACCGGGGAGCUGAUCACCUUCUAUUACUACUGGAAGAAGACCCCCGAGGCGGCGAGCUCGCGCGCGCACCGGCGGCACCGGCGCCAGGCCGUGUUCCGCAGGAUCAAAACCCGCACGGCCUCCACCCCGGUCAACACCCCCUCCAGACCCCCCUCCAGCGAGUUCUUGGACCUGAGCUCGGCCAGUGAAGAUGACUUUGACAGCGAGGACAGCGAGCAGGAGCUGAAGGGCUACGCCUGCCGCCACUGCUUCACCACCACCUCCAAGGACUGGCACCACGGGGGCCGGGAGAACAUUCUGCUGUGCACGGACUGUCGGAUCCACUUCAAGAAGUACGGGGAGCUGCCGCCCAUCGAGAAGCCCGUGGACCCCCCACCCUUUAUGUUCAAGCCUGUGAAAGAGGAAGAUGAUGGCCUCAGUGGGAAGCAUAGCAUGAGGACACGGCGCAGUCGAGGCUCGAUGUCGACCCUACGCAGUGGCAGGAAGAAGCAGGCAGCCAGCCCCGAUGGCCGCGCCUCGCCCAUCGCCGAGGACGUGCGCUCCAGCGGCCGCAACUCGCCCAGCGCCGCCAGCACCUCCAGCAACGACAGCAAGGCCGAGUCUGUCAAGAAAUCCACCAAGAAGAUAAAGGAAGAGGUAUCUUCUCCUCUCAAGAACUCCAAGAGGCAGCGGGAAAAGGCAGCAUCAGACACGGAAGAGCCUGACAGGUCCAAUGCCAAAAAAUCCAAAACUCAAGAGAUCAGCAGGCCCAACUCCCCGUCGGAGGGAGAGGGCGAAGGCGAGAGCUCGGACAGCCGCAGCGUCAACGACGAGGGGAGCAGCGACCCCAAGGACAUCGACCAGGACAACCGCAGCACGUCCCCCAGCAUCCCCAGCCCCCAGGACAACGAGAGCGACUCGGAUUCCUCCGCUCAGCAGCAAGUGCUGCAGGCGCAGCCCCAAGCGCUGCAGGCCCCGAGCGGCUCUGCCCAGGCUGCCGCUCCCACCCCGCCGGUGCCGGCCCCGCUGCCGGCGCUGCCGCCCGCGUCCAGCGCGGCCGCGGCCCCCGCGCAGGGGUCACCGCCGCCCCCCGCCCCCCCCGCUCCCCACUCGCACAUCCAGCAGGCCCCCGCGCUGCACCCGCCGAGGCUGCCGUCUCCCCACGCUCCCCUGCAGCCCCUGCAGCCCCAGAGCCAGCCCGCGCCCGCCCCGGCGCAGCCGCACGCGCAGCCCCCGCUGCACGGCCAGCCCCAGCCUGCCCCUCACAGCCUGCAGGCCCAGCCGCUGCUGCCCCACGCCGGGCCUGCCCAGCCCUUCUCCCUGCCCGCCCAGCCAGCUCAGUCUCAGGUGCCCCUCCAGACGCAAGCCCCGUCCCACUCGCACUCGGGGCUGCAGGUGACGCAGCCCGUGCUGCCCAGCACGGCCUCGCUGCAGCCGGCGCAGCCGCCCCGCGAGCAGCCGCUGCCGCCCGCCCCCAUGGCCAUGCCUCACAUCAAACCUCCCCCCACCACGCCCAUCCCGCAGCUGCCCACCGCUCCGGCCCACAAGCACCCUCCCCAUCUCUCCGGGCCGUCUCCGUUCUCCAUGAACUCCAACUUGCCUCCGCCGCCCGCUCUGAAGCCGCUGAGCUCGCUGAGCACUCACCACCCUCCGUCCGCACACCCUCCUCCCCUGCAGCUGAUGCCUCAGAGCCAGCCGCUGCAAUCCUCGCAAGCCCAGCCUCCCGUUCUGACCCAGAGCCAGAGCCUUCCUCCUCCUGCCAGUCACCCCCCCUCUGGACUCCAUCAGGUUUCCUCCCAGCCGCCCUUCUCUCAGCACCCCUUUGUGCCCGGGGGCCCCCCUUCCAUCACGCCUCCUUCGUGCCCCUCCACUUCCACGCCGCCCACCGUGCCUGGCAUCCCUCUGCAGACCCCCAUCUCCACGUCAGCAGCUUCUAGUGGGACAGUGCCCGUGGUGACAGCCUGCACGCUGCCACCCAUCCAGAUCAAGGAGGAGGUCCCUGAUGAAGCUGAGGAGCCAGAGAGCCCUCCACCCCCACCCCGGAGUCCAUCCCCAGAGCCCACCGUGGUGGAUAUCCCCAGUCACGCCAGUCAGUCAGCCAGGUUCUAUAAGCACCUGGACCGUGGCUACAAUUCAUGCUCCAGGGCAGACCUGUACUUCAUGCCUCUGGCAGGAUCCAAACUGGCCAAGAAGAGAGAAGAGGCCAUCGAAAAGGCCAAAAGGGAAGCGGAGCAGAAAGCCAGGGAAGAGAGGGAAAGAGAAAAAGAAAAAGAGAAGGAGAGAGAGAGGGAGCGUGAGCGCGAGAGAGAAGCGGAACGAGCUGCGCAGAAGGUGUCCAGCUCCUCCCACGAGGGCCGUCUCGGCGAGUCCCAGCUCAGCGGGCCGGCCCACAUGAGGCCUUCCUUCGAGCCCCCCCCGACCACCAUCGCGGCCGUGCCCCCCUACAUCGGGCCGGACACGCCGGCGCUACGGACGCUGAGCGAGUACGCGCGGCCCCACGUCAUGUCCCCGACCAACCGCAACCACCCCUUCUUCGUGCCCCUCAACCCCACGGACCCGCUGCUGGCCUACCACAUGCCCGGCCUCUACAACGUGGACCCCACCAUCCGCGAGCGGGAGCUGCGCGAGCGCGAGAUCCGCGAGCGCGAGAUCCGCGAGCGGGAGCUGCGCGAGAGGAUGAAGCCCGGCUUCGAGGUGAAGCCCCCGGAGCUGGACGCGCUGCACCCUGCCACCAACCCCAUGGAGCAUUUCGCCAGGCACGGGGCACUGACUAUCCCACCCACGGCGGGGCCUCACCCCUUCGCCUCCUUCCACCCGGGGCUGAACCCCCUGGAGAGGGAGAGACUGGCGCUGGCGGGGCCGCAGCUGCGGCCGGAGAUGAGCUACCCGGACAGGCUGGCGGCCGAGCGCAUCCACGCCGAGCGCAUGGCCUCGCUCACCAACGACCCCCUGGCGCGGCUGCAGAUGUUCAACGUCACCCCCCACCACCACCAGCACUCACACAUACACUCGCAUCUACACCUACACCAGCAGGACCCCCUACACCAAGGCUCAGCAGGACCUGUUCAUCCCCUGGUGGAUCCUUUAGCAGCUGGACCCCACCUGGCACGUUUUCCAUACCCACCUGGGACCAUCCCCAACCCAUUGCUAGGGCAGCCACCUCACGAGCAUGAAAUGCUCCGACAUCCAGUCUUUGGUACUCCCUACCCUCGGGAUCUGCCUGGUGCCAUUCCACCUCCCAUGUCAGCAGCCCACCAGCUGCAGGCCAUGCACGCCCAGUCCGCAGAGCUGCAGAGACUGGCAAUGGAGCAGCAGUGGUUGCACGGGCACCCUCACAUGCACGGUGGGCACCUACCCAGUCAGGAAGAUUAUUACAGUCGACUGAAAAAAGAAGGCGACAAACAGUUGUAAUAAAUUAUUUAUUUGUAACGCUGGCUAUGGAAACCCCAGUCCUUGGGAAGGAGUGGAACAUUUUUACAUACAAGAAGAGCUACAAAAGGAAAAGAAUAUCUUAUAAAGAUUUCUUUAUAUAUUUAAAACAGAAGCAGCCACCCAACAAGUAGAGACUUAUCAGCAUAGUGUUCAUUUGUAGAGAAGAUUUCUCAAGACUGGUGUGGGUCUCCCUGCAUGAAAACGUAUUCAGAAGCCUAUUGGAAAUACAGGACUGUGUGGAAUAUUCAGAGAACUUCCUGCAAUCUUGGUUUUUUUUUUUUUCCUUUUCUUUUCUUACUAGUUUGUUUUCAGUAGGUGCUAGAAUCAGGUUCACAACACAAGUCACUGUGCGUGAAGGGACACUCAAUGCAUCUAUAGGUAAUUAAAAAAAAAAACAAGGAUUGCAAGUAGGUGACAUAACAAGCUCUGAAUCCAAGUGCUAUAAUAAUAAAAAAAAUCUACUUUUAUUUUAAUACAUUGUAGGAAAUCUUCAUAAUUUUAAAGAGAGCUCAGUUCUGCAGCAUGGCUUUUUAAGUCUGUAAAUAACUUUUUUUGGGUAGAGGGGAGAAACAAAACAAAACAAACUCCAGAAACGUUUAUCUUGAUUUUCAGUAACAUCACAAAUUGUGAAUUCCUACCUGGUAUUGACAGAAUACAGAGUUGAUUUUUUAAUAAAAUAUAUAUAUAUAAUUAUCCCUUUAAUUAAAGGGAAUGAUGGGUAUCAAUAAUUUCAAAUGGGUAAAAGCUUGACAUUUGGUUUGAUAUCAACAAUAAGCAUUAAAGGGAUUUGCAGGGAUAAUGUUGCAAAUGACUGUUUCUGUUCUUGGUUUUUUGGUUGGUUUGGUCGUUUGGGGGUUUUUGUUCGUGUUCCAUCUCUCUGUUCUGCAGCUGAUUUUGUUGAGUUGGGUUUCUCAGCAGCUCAGAUGUCCCUUGGACCCCGCUGACCCUUUUGGUGCCACCUUCAACAGUUCAUUUCCAGUGUGGCCAUAAAACGCUUCUUUCCCGUGACCUUUUGAAACUUAAUCCAGCUCCACUGGGCAGAAAGUUCAGAGAAACAAUCUGUCCUAAAAAUCUCUUUUUAAAGAUGUUCCAGGGUUCUGUGCUUGGGGAGGACGUGCCUUUCCUGGCCUCCUGUCUGAUAAAUUCCUAAGAAAAGUGGGCUUGGCAGCUUGGUUUUCAUGGAGUUGUGUUGCAAAGACCAGUCUGUUUUUCUCUUUGUUUGAGUUUGGGUUUUUCUAAGCAAAAACUGCUUAACUGCCACCAGUGUUGUGUCCCCGAGCUCGGAGUGCUCUGGGCCAGGACACUUUGUGCCUCCCCACCCACAGUCCCUGCAGGGUGGCUCCUCUGGGCCACUUCCCACCAGGAUGGGGAGAGGAGAGGAAUUCACAGCGAGCAUUCAAGGAGGCAGCUCUGCUUACAAGUCAGAUUUUUAACCUUUUUUUCCCCUCAGUUUUGCCACAGUUUUUCUUUGCUGGAGCAGAGGGUGAUGUGACCGAGGGACAUCUGAAGCUGCUGGUGAUUUUUUUCUGCUGGUGCACAACUGCCCCCGUUCUCUCUCUCCACUCACAGUGCUCUCUGCUGCUGUAGCCUGUUCAGUGUGAUGGUUGUGUCCUAGGACUGCCCUGAGCCACUCUGAUGAGGUUGUAGUUAAUCAGCUGCAGGCACAGUGCUCAUCCCCCUCCUGCUGCUCAGCCCGUUCCCCACUUAAAAACUCUUCCAGGCCCACUAAGGCAAGAGUGGAGGGGAUUUUCCUGCUGGAAUUCCCUCGUUGCUGUGCCCCAGUGCAGAUCUCAGUGCUGAAGCCCUGCUGAGGUGUUCCACCAGCCCUGCUGUGUUUCACUCUGGGUGAAGGUGUGGGGAGGGACACGUUCUGUUCCUGGCCAGUCCAGGAUCCAGGGAGGUGAAGUCCUUGUCCUUGUGGCUGUGGGCAGGGAUGGGAUGAGAAGGUUUCCUUGGGGAACAGGGAUGAUUUUUGCUCAGGGCUGAGCAGCCAGGAGGGUGGGCCUGCUCAGCAGAGAGUGCCUCAGUGUGCUGUAAAGGGCUCAUCAGGCACAUCUCAGUUCAGCUUCUCCCCUCCUUUUGUUCUGCUGUGUGGAACUGGGGAGUCUGGGAGAGUUCAGCCAUUUCUUCUGACCCUUCUCUUGCUGUUUUUUAGCCAUAGUUCUUCAGAUAAAGGAAAGCUAAUUCCCUCCAGUGGUCUUCUCUGUAUUCCUUAUUUUUCAGCUGAAAUUACAGUCUGUUUUAAAGUUGUUCACUGAUUUAUUCUUGUUUUUCCCAGAAGAGCAUUCUAAUAAUUUAUGGGAGCUUUUUUGUUCACAUCAUUCAGCAAAUAAGCACUGAAAUUCCUCAGUUUUAGCCCAGUGAUUAACUACAACUUUACCUGCAGUGGCUUCUGAAGCCGUCUCGGUGUUCGAUGCCCUGUUUUUAAAAAAAAAAACAACCCAGACCUUUUGAUUUUCUUUCAAGAAAUCUCUCUUUAUUUUUCCUCUGUUCCGAAAGUUUAUUUUAAAAUUUUGCUUUAGUGUUUUUGAAACGUCUCUCUUGUUCUAUGUCGUCAUGGUUGAGCUUGUUUCACUGCACCGUUCGAGCAGAGUGUACAUUCUGACUGCUACAUUUAUAUAUAUCUUGAAGCUUAAUGUAUAUAUGAGUAGUUUGCCAUGGGAUAACACAGUGUAAACAGAGUAGAAACCCAGAAAUCGUGACUUCUGUGUUCUCUCCAUUUGAGUAUUUUGUAAUUUUUUUGAAAUAUUUGUGGACAUAAAUAAAACCAAGCUACACUACAGCAGCCAGGUUUUGCCUGCAAGUGAAA